AAUAUGACGAAGAAGAAGGCACCCGGAAGAGUUGUCAGGUUUGGUUUUCUUUUGUUUUGUUUGCGGCCACAGUUCCAGGACAAAGUUAGAGCCCCAGUUUUGCAGAAGAGUGGUAGUUUUUGUAGGAGGUUGUGUUGUUCGCAGCUGAGCUAAGAAUGUCUUCAGUUCAGUAUCUGAGAGAGGUGAUCAGCGAGAGACUAACUGCUGCUGCUGAAGAAAUAUUCACAGAGUUUGAAAAAACCAUCGUCCGGUACGAGGAGGAGAUCGACCGUCAGCGCAGACUGCUGGAUAACAUCUGGAAACCACAGAUCACCUUACAAAUACCAGAGCCCCCACAGAAACAUGUAUGUAUGGAGGAGAAGAAUGUCGCUGUUCAGCAGCUCUGUAACCAGGAGAGGAACUCCAGUCUGGACCAGGAGGAGCCAGUUCAUUCACAAAUUAAAAAGGAACAGGAGGAACCCUGCAUCAGUGUGCACCAGGAGGACCUCAAGGUUUUAAAGAUUGAAGAGGAACAGAAGGAACUCUGCACCAGUCUGGAGCAAGAGCAGCUUGUACUACAGCAGGAGACGGAUUUCUCUAUGGUGACUCCUACGUAUGAGGACCACAGUGCACCAGAACCAAACAAUAACCAGCUCCUUUCUCACAACUCUCCUGUAGCUGAGAGCCGAGGUCCGGAAGGAAGCAGUGAGACUGUCGAACCACCCUCGAAGAAGGUCAAGCUGUCAGAGCCAGCCAAGACAAAGAAGACAGCCCUGACUCAGAAAGAGCGCGACAGCAACCGGCAGAUAAAAGCAGAGUGGUUCGAUUCUCACAAGUGGCUUCUGUAUGAUAAAGAAAAGAAUUUGUUCUUCUGUUUGGACUGUCUGGCUGCCAAAAAGGACAACAUCUUUACCAAGGGGAAGGAUGCGAGUGUGCCCAAGAAAGAUGACUUGACAAGACAUCAGAAGACGGAGGACCACCAGCUAGCAGCUGGUGGUAAGCAAGCCAGCCUGAGGAUGCUGAAGGCCAGGACCUCCACAGACAACAAAGCAAAAGAGAGCAUUGUGGCUGCCAUGAAAGCCACCCUCUGGAUGGCUCAAGAAGACGUCCCAAAUGUCAAGUUUGGCAGCCUGGUGGACCUCCAGUUAGAAAAUGGUGCCAAGAGCCUUCGCAUCCUGGAGAAAGAAGAUGGGUCGUUCCAUUACACCCAUCACACUUCUGUUGAGGACCUGAGAGCAUGUAUGGUAGCAGUUGUAGAGGAGGAAAUGCUGAUGGAGGUGCAAGAGGCAGAGCUGUAUUCCCUGGAAGCAGUCGAGGCUAUUGACUGUGCAAACAAAUCAGUCUUGAUAGUUUACAUAAGGUACCUGGGUCACGAUGGAACCCCCAAAGUACGCUUCCUGGGAGUGAGAGAGCUGGAGAUGACAACAUCUGAUGCCAUUGCCAAGACGCUCCACCGACUAUUGGAGGCCAAAGGUCUAAACAAAUCGAAAAUGGUUGGUUUGGCCACAGAUGGGGCUUCAGUCAUGACUGGAGUAAACAAAGGCAUCACCACACAGUUCAGGAGGGAAGUGCCAUUUCUCGUCACCAGUCAUUGUAUGGCACAUAGGCUGCAGCUGGCUGCCGAGAAGGCAGCAAACCAAGUGCCGCUCAUUGGCAAGUACAUCGAAACCCUCAACUGUUUCGCUAGCGCUGUCAAAUUCUCUGCCAAACUCAUCAGGACCAUUGAGCAAAGCCAGAAACUACACACCGGACAGACAAAGAAAAUCAAAGAGGCAUUUUUCACAAGACGGCUCAGCCUGUGUGAUGGCACCCAGGCGAUAGCAGGCUGCAUUCCUGCGGUGCUUAGUGCCCUCGAGAAGGCAACAACAGAGGGCAAGGCGAAACUCAGGGGCCUGGCAAAUGACAUGGGAUCCUACAAGUUCAUCUACUUGACCCACUUCUUGGCAGAUGCGGUUGGUCUUCUGGGGAUCCUGUCGAAGCUGAUGCAAGUUGCCACACCGACUUACCAGCACCUCAAAGAUGGAGUGGACAACGCUGUCGUGUCGCUACUGGCCCUGAAGGAGGUUAAGGGAACCUGUGGCUUCCUGGAGAAGCUGGAUGGGACGUUCCCAGCCACAGCCCCAAGCUCAGGCAAAUCGGACUGGGAGGACCAUUUCAUAAAGGACACUGCCAAGCAACGUGAACAAGUUAAGGAAGCAGUGGAUCUGUUUUUGGAGAUGCUUGUGACCCAUCUCCAAAGCACUUUCCCAGACCAUGAUGUGAUGUCCAGCUUUGACAUCUUCCAGCCAUCACUCAACCUGCCAAAGAAGGAUGUCAAGGAUAAGCUGGAUAAGCUGCUCUGGAUGUAUGGUCGGCAGAAGAAGAAGGGGCGUGUGACACAUGAAAGACUUGUGGAUCCUGAUGCAGCCAAAACAGAGUGGAAGCUUCUGUCCCCUGUCAUCCCAAAGUACAGCACCAUGAAAGAGCUGUAUACCAGCUACGUACGUAUGAACUCUGAGGCCUACCCAAACCUGUCCAAGUUACUGCAGAUAGUCCUCACAGUGACAGUGACAUCUGUCAACUGUGAAAGAGGAGUGAGUAGGUACACAGCCAUAAAAACGUCUGCUAGGAACUGCCUCAAGGUGGAGUCCAUGGAUGAGCUCAUUACCCUGUCCCUGGAGGCGCCACCCUACAAGGAAUUUCCUUAUGACCUGUCAUUCAGGAUGUGGCACCUCAACAGGAACAGGAGGGCCUACCGCCAGAUGCUCCGAGCAGCCGAGGAAGAGUGUAAAAACGAUGAAAUUAACAUCCAUCCAUCCAUUCUCUAUACUCCGCUUUAUCCUCAUUAGAGUCGCGGAGGGUGCUGGAGCCUAUCCCAUUUUUAUACUAUUUUAUAGGUGGUGUAUAAAUAAAGUUUCUUUACUCAAAGAAGUUUGAUAAGAAGAAUGUUUCUUCCACUGUUUUGACAUAACCAACUAUGGAAGGACAGAAAAGCUGGAGCCAAAGUGAACAGACUCAUUUAAAGGAGUGGUAAAUCAAGAAAAUAGUUCAGUCUUGCAGUCUGAUACUUGGCUACAUCACAAAUAAAUACUGAUCAGCUUGAGGACAACCAUGUACAAUACAUACAUACAUACAUACAUACAUACAAAAGCCUGCAGAUUAAAUACUUUUUUCUUGAAUGACAGUGUUUUUUUCUUCUUGCCUUGAUUAAAGAACUGAUGGAGUCAAGACCUUAAGCUGUGACGUCUCCAUGUUAGCCAUAAAGAUAAUAACACUGCUAAAGGUAUAUCAGUAGACACAUUUCAGUUUGUCUUCCUACAUGUAAGAUUUGUUAAUAGGACAUUUAUACAUAAAUAAUUUAUGGUACACUGGAUAUGGUUGGUGACAGAACGUCAAGCACCAUCGCACUGAGCUCCGGUGCCCCCCAGGGAUGUGUGCUCAGCCCCCUUAUGUUCACUCUGUUCACCCAUAACUGCGCUGCCGAGACAGACUCUCCAAUGUUGUCAUCAAGUUUGCCGAUAUCACCUUAGUACUGGGCCUCAUCAGCAACAACGAUGCGAUUUGUUGCCCUUCCAUCAGGAAAGACACUGCACAGCAUCAGAACCCACACAUCAGGCAGCUUCUUCCCACAGGCAGUCAGACUGUCGAACACCCUGCGGCUACAACACAAAUAGACCUUCACCCAUCACCUCCAUACCUUAAACUGCAGCCACAUUAAUCUCACUCAUUAUCACCCCAGUAGCGAAUAUGACUGUGCCUGAUGUAUGCUUGUGUUUUUAAUUUAGUUUAGUCUUUUUUUUAUUUAUCUUAUAUUAAUUUUUACCUUAUAUAUACUCUUAAAUUUUUAUAGUAUUACUUUUAUUUCUGCGCUGUGAAUGGAUGUGAAAAACAUCAUUUCAUUUAACUGUGUACUAGGUACAUUGUUGAAUGACAAUAAAGCUGAAGUUGAAGUUGAA